AUUUGAAGGAUGUUCAAGAGAAAUGAGCUUUGAUUUCCAGGCAGGGUCGCCAAGAAGUCACGCUUCACUUCCGAGUUUUUGUCGUCGAGAGGGGUCAAGUCGGGUUUUGGACACAAAAACGGAUAUUUCGAUAUUGCCUGAAGCUAUUUUAUACACAAAAUUAUGCGGAUUUGACAUUUAAACAGCAUGAGUAACACGGAAGGAAGAAAUUAUUCCUUGGAGAGGCAACGAAGCAAAACCACCUUCACUCAGGAAUCAGCUGUGGCUACUGUGAAAUGUGGUUUUCUGUGGAAGACUUCUUUUCAUACUGGACGCACAUCUUCGAAGAACAGAUACUUUGUCUUAACCAGAAGCUCGUUGGAUCACUUCCGAAAUAACCAAACGGUAGUAAUUAAUUUUUUUAGUUUCUGUCUUUGUUUGUGGAAGUUACUGUAAAAUGUACAGUUUGAUGACCAGCUGGAUAGUUAUGUACCAGUCUGACUCAAUUCAUGGUUUGCAACCACGUGACAAGGCGGCCAUGUUGGGGGUCAAAACAAAAGAAUAUUUACUCGAAGAAUUUACAUGAAAAUAGAGUUUAGUUCCCAGAGGAAAGAAAUGCUUUUGUUUUGUUCUUGACCACCAACAUGGCCGCCGUGACGUCACGUGCAAACCAGCAAUUCCAAAACUGCCCAUGCCCCCCCCCCCCCCCCGAAAACAUCCUGACAUUUGACUUGUUGGAAAGAUUUUGCUCAAACUCCCUGGUAUAUGUUGACAGUUUAGAUGGUCAAAUGCCCCACCGGCUAGUGUGCUUCAAAAAGCGUGAAAUCCCCCACCUACCGGCAACUAUUCAAAAUUUACCCAUGCGUCAAACCAUUUAUUCAAAAUAUGUUAAUAACCUACUAAACACUACCUAGAUAUCUUAUGUCUUGAAAAGCUGUUUUUACGGAGGUUUGUUCAUUGCAAUAAAAUUGGUUAUUCCAGAAAGCCCACAUUUAACGGUCUUUUGCAAAGGUUCUCAAAUGCUCCAACAAAACAGUGGAUAUAGGAGCAAUAACCCUAGCCUAUGGUCUGGAGAACAUUUGGGAUCAGGGAUCAUGUACAGUACUGUACAUCGCCUUUGACUUUUUCUCCUCUUUCCUUAUUCCCUCUCCCCAUGCUCCUUUUCCUUUCCCUCCCCUCUUUUUCCAACUCUGGACACUAUGUUUGAAAGAGGUUGUAAGCAUUAAUACAAAGUUUAUUAUCAUCCAGGAAAAACUGAAAGGAAGUCUACCAUUAGCUGCCAUAGACACGGUAGAGAGACUUCCUGAAGACAAUUGCUCAUUUAGAAUCACUGGACCAUUUAAGCACCCACUGAUUUUACAAGCCUGUAGCAAGGAAGAGUGUCAAGAGUGGAUAAAGGCAAUUGAGAAUGGUAAGACCACCCACAAAUUUUAGCUUGUGUGGAUGUGCAAUAGAGAAGAGAAGUAGGACAUCAUGUUACCAAGGUAGCAAAAUUUGUGGAUCACAACAAAUGGGAGCUUAAGCAAUGACAAUGGGGACAACAAUAGCAAAAAAGCAAUAGGUUUAUAUUAGCAAAACAACAACUUUGCAUGUGCAUCAUGCCUUUUUUUAGAUUUCUUAGCCUUCAUUGCAUGACUGUGACAUGAAACUUCCUAAUUCCAUGCGCCUGCUUUAUGGGCUGGGGGUAGGUGAACACAACACAAAAUUCUCUUUUUUCUAUUUUCAACCUUUCGGAUUCAACCCCAGAAAAUGUCGUCAACAUUAAUAAUAUUUGACAAAUUAAAUGAAAUUGAAUAUGAUCGAUGAAGUUUUUAACAUUGGGAAUUCACUUAACUCUUAAUGCAUAUAUUUUUAAAUAGCUUUAAUUCUAUAAUAUGAUAUUAUAAAAUAACAAGAAAGUUAAGGUCUAAGUAAAAGAAAUUGGAAUCCAAGAGAAAAUUUGCAGUAUCCUGGUGCUUAAAUUUUGUGAAAACAGAUAUUUAUGUUAACGGUAAGAUAUUCCAAUAGCUUUAGAAUAUUGUAGCCCCAAUAUCUGUUUUUUUUUUUUUAAGUAAUUAUUGAACUGCACACAAUAAUGACUUUCUUAAGGGAGAUACCAUGUGCAGUCAGUCUUACUGAAUUUUACAGUCAUAUUUUUCUUUAUACAGACCUUUAAAUGGUCAUAAUUUUGAACAGUAUCUAUGGAUAUAGGUCUCUUGGGCCUGGAGUGAUUGUCAAUUUUGGGUCUUUAAGUGUUAAAACCUUCAUUACAUUUUAGGAAUUCAACAGUGGCGUCUAGAUUCAGAUUCUGGCACUCCAGGAUUUAACAAGAAAGAUGAAAUUUACAGCUUUCAGAAUGUCCCUGGGAUUAAGGUAUCUUAGUGAAAAGUGUUAGCAGUGAUUUUUUGUUUAACAAAUAAAGAAGCCUUGACAUUGCUCCGUUCUGUUGUAAAGCAUGCAGGAAGCGGCUAGAGUAUGAAAAAAGUAGGGGAAACAUGAGAUGUAGUUGAGUGUUUCUCCUUAAUUCUUGAGUGGAUGGAUUGUACAUCCGGGCCUUUAACUGAGUAGCUAAUUUUAAUUUGAUUUUUCUCCUUUCUAGGAGGCUCAUUUUUUCUAGGGCGUACUUGCUUUAAGCAAAGUUAGGUUAUUUAGGUUUUACACUUAUUUGCUUUGGCACCCACUUCCGGUGAAGAUUAUUAUUUAUCGAUCUCUUGAGGGCUAUGCUUCAAGUGACAUAUGACAUGAAUUAUUUGCCUAGAAGUUCAAGUUCUACACCCAAUUAUAAACAUGAGCUCUCUUUAAUAAAAUCUCAAUACUGCAAAAUUUGUUGUACAGUAUGCUUCCAUGCACCCUCAUAUGAGGUGCGUGUAUUUACUGCUGCUAUUGUUUCAUUCACUUUGAUUUUUUGAUUGUAUCGUUCUUUAUCAUUCACUAUUGUUCAUUCCAAAAUGUAAAUUUCAGACUUAAUAGUGUCUGUCUUACCUGACAUAGACUUCGAAUGGAAAUAAACAUCUUUUACCUUCCAUCUUCAGUUUGUAAACGGCUGAGUGGUAGCAAAUGUGUGAAUGUUCAGCUAAUGUGUAGGGUGGAAAAUGAACCUUACAAAACACUAUCUACAUCAUAAGUUACCCAAUGCCUUUAUAAUUUAACUGCUUAGUAAUGCCAUAAUCAGAGAUAGGUAUAAAAAAAUAACAGUAAUUUAAAAUAAAAAGCAUAUUGUUCAGGUUUUCACAAUUUUUGUCCACAGUGAAAGCAUUUUCUUUGUGGUCCAUGAUUGUUUGUGAAGUUGUGAACUCAGCAAUCUUGUGACAGAGGAUUUUUUCUUGUUUGCUCAAGAAAUGAAGGCCUUGAACUCUCAAUAAAAGGGCUUUUGUAUGUACUUAAAGGUUUUAAAUCGAUCUUCUGGUGAAUGAUUUAUUACACAAAAUCUUACAAAUUAAAAGUAAUAUUUGGGAGCUGAUACAACACAAUGGAUGCAACAGAAAAGUAUUAGGCUUGUGGUUUCUCAAUUAAGCGGAUGACUUAAUGUUUUCCCUCUGAUUUAGUGAUCAAUACCUGCCUUUUAAGGGAUUUUUUAAAAGGCAAGCUCAAAGUGUAACACCUUAGAGUUUCAUUUGUUGACUAAAAUAUGUUGGUCAGAUCAAUCAUGACAGAAAUAACAACAUGGAUUUACUUCUUCAGUUUUCAAAAAACUGACAAAGGAAAGUAGAAACUAUAAUGUCAUCUGUUGAAAAACAACUCAUCCUGUCCACAAGAAAGAAGGUUACUGUUUAUAAUGAACAUGUGCUGAACACAGUCUUUACUAACACAAUAAUCCUAGCAAAUCAACCACAACUUUGUUAAACUUUGCUUGAGUUAUUGUUCAUUAUGUCCUUAAACUCCAAUGGUAUUAAAUGCUGCCAGGAUUAAAGCCACUAAAGAUCUUGUGAUCUUUCGGUGAUCAAAUAUUAUUUUAUGGUUGACUUUGAUUCUAUAUUUGGCUCAACAUUUUUGUGAAAACAUUUGGUAAGGCUUUAAAUUAAACUAAGAUACUAACAUUUAUUUCUCUUUAGCUUUGAUUUUUUGUGCUUGUGUGUUACAUAAUAUACUUAUAAGCAAGAUCUUGUUCUUUGGAUUGGAGUUGUUUUCAUGCUUUUGACUUUAGUGUUUUUGUUAUUAAAACAGAUGCUCUAUCCAUCUUUGUGCUGUCCAGUUGGAGAUAAAGUGUCGUUCUCAGGUACAGUAGACAACUAUUUAUAGGUAACUCAUUGCUAAGGCUCAUUCAGUUCAAGCCAUUGGAUAAUGAAGACCUGGGAGCGUUUUUUCUCACCCUAGAUGUUAUACUAGUCCAUUGCAAUGUUAAGCAUUUUAUCUGGCUGGAGAGAAAUAGGAACUACAAAAAAUAAAAAGUUACAAAAGAAAAAGAAAAACAACAACAACAAAAAAACCAAGGGUAAUUUUGAGAGAAGAAAAUAAGACAAAAAUAAAUAACUUUUGACCCACUAACUGUACCCCUUUGUUCUGAAUUUCUCAGCUGCCAGUGAGCUUCAUCAUGAGUUUCCAAUGAUAAAGUAUGCAAGAGGAGGAAGAUCCAUCCCACAUGAAAGAGUCUUUAAACUUGAUAAUGACAACUUGGUAAGAAAUAAACCAUUGAUAGACGUUGUUAUUAUUAAUCCACAGCAAGCAAGUGAAGCCACUCCUGUAUAGCCUGAGGGGUUGUUGGAAUCUUUCUCUUUUUUUUUGCUUUUUAAGGACAAUAAUCUUUUAAUAAAUAAAUAAAAAUAUUAUAUAGUAUUUUUUAAAUUUGAUUUAAAUUUGUUUUUAAUGUGAUGGCUAUGACUCAGUUACAUAGAGAGUCUACUUUUUUAAAUACAAACAAUCUACUUAAUAAUUAUUUCAAACAAUAGGAGGUUAGAAUCAAAGCAGGUCCCCAUUGCUUUGGUAUCUUCCCCCCCCCCCCCCCCCCCCCAACCAAGAAAAAGAUUAAAAACAACAACAACAACAAACAAACCAGAAGGUAUGACAUAUUUUCUUGUCAAGUUGCUCUAAGUUUUUACUUAGUAAAUUCAACUCUUCUUCUGACGUGGAUUUUAUGAUCUUCAGAAAAUUACAUCCUCUGAACCAAAACAAAUGAAGGAUUUGUGAAAGUAAUGGCCCUUAACUGAAACGUUUAAAGGUAUUUCAUGACUGUCACUUAGGGCCGGCGGGGGCAGGAGAUUUCCUCAAACUACCAUACGUAUGAACCCCAGCUAUUUUCAUACAAAACGAAAGGAAUUCACUACCAAAAGAAUUAAUUUCCUUUUGUUUGUCUAAUACCCUGCCUAUUAAUUGCACAUACCUACAUGUGGUAGCAACUGCAAAAUAAAAGCUAAGUGACAUUCCUUUAUUAAAAAAACAAAACAACAACACCAACAACUUGCUAAACACAGAAUAAACAACCACAGAUACUAGUACUGGUUUUCACUUGCUCAUUACAUUAUAAUAACAACUUGCUCAUUUAUUAGCAUCUAACUGUUUUUUAAACACCUGCCUGCAGCACAUUAUGUGGAAGAAAAGAGGGAAAGCUCACAGUUUUAAUUUCGCCAAUACCUGUAAGUUCCUUUUUUAGGAAAGCUUUUGUGGUUUAAUUUUAUCUUUGGUGCAAAAUUAUUGUAUAAAGAAUAUUUUAUUGAAGAAAUUGAAAGGAUAAAAUAGAAUUGCAACUGUUAACACUCUGUCAACACUGCUACUUAUAUCAAUUUAGAUGGCAAUGUAUGAUUACCUUCCCUUUGUCACAUCCUUGUUAUACGCAUAUGCUUAUGAAACAAACAAGUGGUCACCUUUGAUGACAUCAUAGCAACAUUCAUACCCAGCUUUCACACAUGCUCGACAAUUGAGCAGAAAGUACCCAACUUCAAACAGCUGUUUAAACCCCAGGGGGUGGGAAAGGGGGGGGGGGUACUCAUAAAAUUUUUGUUUAGGUGUGUGCUGCCCACACAGAUGUGAAACAAAUGAAAAUUGAGACCCCAUUUAAGGCCCAAACCUUGAAAAUGAGACUUAGUUUAAGAGAAAAAAGAAAACUAAGAAUUAAUGAAAACACAAAAAACUUCCAUGAAUCACUGUCCUUAUACUUUGAGGUAAAGUUCAGUUUUAACAGAUGAUUUGUUUCUGGUGUAGCUGGGCAUUUACGCACUUGAAUUUUAGCUUAUAGAAUUACCCUACCCUAUCAAAGGAGCAUAACAGGAAUACAGCGGCAAAAAUGAUACCUUUUAAGAAUGGAGGCCCACAAAAACCAUACCCUAUUGGGCAGCUCAUACCCUAUCCAGCUCUUACACUCACUGUAUAUGGGAGUACCCCACAGGGUAUGUCCACAUCUGCUGGUCCCAAUGGAGGCUCAACUGUAAUACUAUAAUUGCUAUUACUGUUGUUAUGACUGUUGUUAUGUUAUUAUUAUACCACUACAUGAGAAAUUUCUGCAAUUUGAUUGGUUUAGAGUAGUGGUAUUUCACCUUAAUUUGAAAUAUAUACCUACAUGUGAAAAUUACAAACCUUUUACGGGUAGUAGUAUAAACAAACAAUAGCAUGAUUUGUACAUGAUAUUUGGAAUAAACACCACUUGUGAUAUUUCAAAAUUGUCUCAAAUUAACGGCUCAUGAAAUUACGUAUAACAAUUUCGAAAAAUAAAAAAAAAUUCGCUUGCGGUAUUUAUGCCAAAUAUCACUACUAAUCAUGCUAUUAUCUAUACUAACAUUAUCAUAAUCUGACAUACAUUUAAGUAGCAGUACUAACACUGCAUUUUUGUUUUUUUUUCUUUGUUGAUGUAAAGUAUGCCUAGAUAGAGUGAUUGAGGUACGAUGUGGUCAGCAAACCAGAAACUUUUUCAAGUUCCCUUACACUGAGGUUGAAAGCCAGUCAUUCUCGCUCAUGUUUGAGAAACAGCAGGGUAUUAUGUUAUCAUUUAAAUACCGUACAUUUUACUGAUCAGCAUGCAUACAUUGUAGGUUUAUAUUUUUUCAUAUCACAAUUUUGAUUUAAUGUAGCUGUGGUAUGCACCAGGGCUGGUAAUUGGAAAUAGGUUAUAGGUAAGAUAGGAGAAGUGGGGAUUAUUACAAUGUAAGUCUUCCUUUUUUUAAUGUCGUGUAGGUGAGUGGAGUCAGUUAUGUUCACUGGAUCUAAUAUGUGACUCAUCUGCGGCAUUUGAAAAGUGGUCUAGUGCUGUGAGUAUACACCGUAUGAUUAUAGUUAACAUUUAUAUAUUAUGUGCAUUUAUUAUAUAAAAUUUUAUCUAUUAAAUUAUGGGUAUUUAGUUCAUAUUUGAUAAAUUAUGUGUGGUUGUAUAACCCACACUCUUGUGCAAAAAGCUAUUGACUUCAUUAUUUUGCAUGGAAGGUCACUGGAAAUUCUUCCACUGUAAUCUAUCAGAUUCUUCUACAUACCCUGAACUCAACUCAACUGGGUGAGAUGAAAAUUGAAAAUACCGGUAAUCAUGGAAUUUUGUCUAUUUCCUGAUUGUUUCCUAAGAAAGAAGCCCUGGCCAGGUGGCCCUUAGUGACAGCCCUGAGUUAUACUAAUUACACACAACAAAUUUCACUUCAGAUGAGGGAAAUUAUUUAUGGCCAAGAUCAAAGAGUGAACCGCCAUAGGUUUGAUGGUGUUGAUCCAGUUGUUCUGUAUCCUUUGGACAUUUAUUGUUAUUGUAUAUAUGCGUUGGACCUCAGUCCACAAUGAAUGUGGUGAGGAGAAUGACCUCAUCUUUCGACCUCCUUGAUUUUUCAUCUCCUUUUAUCUUGCUGAAUCUUGUAUUUAUUCACCACGUUGGGCAGUUUAAUGUGUGAUAUUGUUCUAUAAAUACUAUGUGAGCGAAGAUGAAUGUGAUUUUUAAUAAACCAGCUUAAUACUAGAUUUCAGCUGAUCACAUACAUAUGCGUGUAUUAUGUUUAUCCUCUAACCCAUAAAAAGAAUCUUUAACAAUGCACAAAAUAACAUUGAAGAAAGCACUUUUUUUACUUACUAACAUACAUGUACUUAUCAAGAUCAGAUUCUUUAUACCAGUCUUGGGCCCAGGCAUCUUAAUACAAAGGCACACUAAUAAUAGAGUGAAAUAAUAAUAUGACCUUGUAGGUUCUAUUUGGAGCAAUACUUAGUUUGCAGUAUACCUUCAAUAUCUAACCUAGGUACAUGUGUUUAAGUGCCUUGCUUGAAAAAAGGGAGCAGAAAUAUUUCCUUAAUAGCCUUUAAAGGUGGUUGAAGCGACAUUGGUCAGUGAUGUCAUCACGGCGGAGCAAAGGAAUUUCAGUGGAUCAGGCCUUAUCAUUUGCUCAACACUGCUGCAGUGGAGCUAAGAAGAAACAGCAAUUAAGAAAUUAUAUCAAGGUUGUGGUUGAAUAUUAGACCAUUCAUCAGUGAUCUUUGUCAGUUAAAACCUGCUGAUCAGCUUUUCAUUUGCUUGAGACUGCGCAAUAUCUAAUUCAGUUUCUUGUUGAGAGGAAAAGCACUGACAGCAUAGAAUUAAUUUAGUGGUACUUAAGUUUGAAUUGUGAACGGAGGGAAGAUAAUAGAAGGCAAAGUGAAAAUUAUAGUUUUUUGUAUUUUUUCUUAUUUCUAAUUUUUUAUAAUUCCCAAAAUUUGUUUAAAGCUAAUCAAAUACAUAUUAAAUGUUACAAGCCUGUAUUAUUAAAGUGUUUUGCUGUUUGUCUGAGAAAUUGUUUAGUUGUAACUAACUUUAUUAUCUGCAAUGGCUUUGCAGGAUGUUCUUGAGGUGCAGUGUGGAAUUAUUCAACACAAUGAAAAUCUCUUGUGGAACUCGUUUCUGAUGUUGUUCAAUAAUCUUAAUGAACAGCCAAAUGUGAGUGUGAUAAUAAAUUUUGAAACUAAAAAGCCAAGUCUGUUUGAACUGGCAGUAUUCAGUACAUCUCACUGGCUUUCACUUGCAGGUUUUAUCCUUAGGCUCAAAACUAACCAACACCUAAUACAGUUAAAUAAACUGUUUCACCACAUGAAUUAAGUACAGCUUGGUAGCUUUUAUUUGGAUGAUCACUCUUGAGUCUUUCAUCCCAGGUUCAACUUUUAGUCAAAAACCCCCAAAAUUGCCUUUUGCCGAUUUUUUCACCUGAUUUUAUAUUAAAUAGCCAGAUUGGGUUGUUUUAUGCUGAAAAGUGGAUUUUUCUCAAAAAGCUUGGUACUUUCCUUAAGUUGACAAUUUAAAAAUUGUUAAUAUACUAGUAAAUAGUUCCAGUGCUGACAAAAUAUAACUUUGCUGUCGUCUAUUAGUUGCUGAAGAUCUUCUUUAAGUAUGCAAAGGAGCAUCCCAACCUUGGUAUGACACCAACUGAGUUUGCAGAGUUUCUUCACAGAGAGCAAGAGGUCAGUCACUGAGCUGUCUACUGUGUGAUUGUAGGUGUCCUCAUUAGGAAAAUUUCGCAGGCUGAGGAGUAUAAAAGCAAUAUUUUAUUGCGUUGAGGUUUAAGGAUGAAUUUUGUUUGUUUUAUUCCCCCAGCCUGGGAAUCAAGUUUGAAUUUUGAUGAUUUGCAACUGGCCCAUUAGGGUAACGAGGGCUGCUCCAUAAACCAGUUUGUUUAUUUGUUUAUUUUAUUUUACUGAGAAGAAUUCGUGCACAUGUAGUCUACAUUUUUGGACAAGUUUUCAUGCUUGCUACGUACUUUGGGGAGAUCAACUAGCAUCAGUGUAUUUUGGGAUGAAUUGUAUUUUCCAGAAUUUACAGAAUACUUCUUCUAAAGACAAUAAGUAUCACAUUACACCACAGUAUAGCCUGUUCACUCCUUAUAAAAGCUGGGGUCAGGGUAGCUGUACUUCAUGAGUGAUCUGAUGUGAAGGAGAUUAUUUAUGUGUUUCUUUCUAUGUUGUGUUGUCAUUUGUUGGUCUUAGGAGUCACUUAGUUUGCCAGCCUGUGCAAGACUGAUGUCUGUCCAUGACAACUUUCAUAUGACGUACAAACAGAGAUGUGCAGGAAACGACCCAGUGUCCUUUCGACUGAGCAAGUCUUUUUUGUCAUUUCAUGGCUUUCUGAGGUGAACAUACAGCUGAUGAGAAACAAAUGAGCAAGCUGACAAAAGCUGUAAAAUCUUUGAAACCAAGUACUAAUUCACAUAAAGUGAAAAGAAAACUUCUGCAGCAUUAUUUUGACUCUAACAUAUUAUUUAGUUUUAAUAGUACCUUCUUGCAAGAGAGACACAAAUCACACUACGAGCCACACCCUGUAUGCAGCUAUUGUUUGUUUGUAGUUGGUGCACUUCUCAGUAGCUUUAAUUCUAGUUGACAGAUUGGGCUGCUCAAUUGGGGUAGUGGUGCAUCAUGAGGACCAUGUUGAACUGAAUUUUCAACCCUGAAUCUGAACCUGAAUCCCUAGUACCUACUAUUUUCUUUUCAGGAAUUCCAUAAUAGUAGCCUGAAUAAUUUAGCACUUCUGUUCCACACAUGUGUCCUGUGUGUCAUUCUUAGCCACUCAGAGAUAUUCGCCUCCAUUGUUAGUCUAAAAUUUGUGUUAAAAUAAAGCUCAUGCUUGUAUGUAUGUAGCUUUAUUGUUGUAGUUCAAUAUUUUCCUUGGUUUAAAUUUUAUUCUCUUUUGUUUAAAACUCGUUAUCAUACAUUACCAUACCCCAAAACAAAGGAAAAUAAAAUUUGAUCCACAACAUAGCCAUCUCUCACUUUGCAUUAGGGUGUGUCUUAUGCUUCAUAUUUGGCUAACUAAUACUUGUUGACUUUUCUCACCACUCCCUACAAAUCUCACAUUUUUGUGACAUGUUUUCCAGUUAUCUUCGCAGUAAGGAUAAUUCUGCUGUCAAUCCAGAGCAUAACACUGUUUAUCAGGUAAGCACAUGUUCUUCUAUCGUUGUGUCUGUCUCCAAAUCUGUUUUUUGCCUCAUUUUUUUUUUUAAAGCAGCAAUUUUUAAAAAGUAAGAAACAGGUUUAAUUUAAUCUAUUGUUAAAGUUGGUUUUUAUAAGUGUCCCUCAUCUUCUUUGAACACACUAUGUAGAUUUCAAUGGGAUGUGCAGGGGCGGAUCUAGGGGGAGGGUGCAGAGGGUGCGCACCCCCACCCCCCUGCCGAGAUGACCUGCGGUUUUCUAAUACAACUGGUAUUCUGAAAAAAAAAAAAAAACUAUGUGGUUUAUUGGUGUUGAAGUAGAGCAAGAGACGAGUGCACCCCCUCCUAAAAAAAAUCCUGGAUCCGCCCCUGAUGUGAAACCAGAUUCUUGUUUAAAUUUUCUAACUAGUCAGACUUACACUUUUUUCUUAUUUCUUCCGAACGUUGACAAGUAGCCUCCAAUCUUCAAGGCAAGAAGGAAACAGGUCACAUUAGUUUAAAGUCAGACUAAUUUAAACUCAAUGUCUUCUACCCACGUAUUUGCAGGACAUGGACCAUCCUUUAUCAGAUUAUUUUAUCAACUCUUCUCACAACACAUAUCUGACGGGAAGGCAACUGAAAGGCCAUUCCAGUCUUGAAGCUUAUGUGAGAGCUCUGCUUCAAGGCUGUCGCUGUAUUGAACUUGACUGUUGGGAUGGACCAGGUACAUUAACAACCCUAGAAUACCAGAAGUUCCAUUUUAGGGGAUAGUGGAGCCAGAAAACAGCAUGAAACACGCGCAAGUAGAGCACUUCACAAGCGUGUACAGCGUGAAGCAACGGGAAGGCGUGACCUUAACAGGCCCCAGAGAUGCUAUACAACCACGUUAGUUAAUCACAACAGAAAUUGCAUUUUGCCACAUUUAAGGCUUAAAUUUUUUUCUUUUCAGAUGAACCUGUCAUUACUCAUGGACUCACAUUAACUUCCAAAGUCAGAUUCAGAGAUGUGGUUCAAGUUAUAAGAGUAAGAAAUACAUAAAUCAAAACCUCAUUGUUGUAACAGGGCCCCAAAGACAAAAUAUAUGAUUGAUCGACAAGUUUUGGAAAUACAGUAGAACCCCGGUAACACGAACUCUGAAGGGAAACGAAAAACAGUUCGAGUUAGCGGGGAAUACGAGUUAAUCAGUUCGAGUUAUCGGCGUUCUACUGUAACUUUCUUCGACAUUCCCCACCGAAAGCGUACAUUUUAGCACUUCAUGUAAAGCGACUUAUGGUUAAAAAAACAAAAAAAUUGAGAAAGCAAACCAUCUGUCCUUUACGUGCCACUUAUCUUAUUCAAAAUUGGGGACAAGAUGGCGAACAAACGCAGGCGCAGUCAUUUGUCACUUUUUAGCUGUACAGUCUUUUUUGCCAACAAUGCAUCGCAUCGUGGCCCUUGUACAUGUAUUGCGAUUUGUAUGGUAGCGUAGGAAAAUGAUAUUGUGGUCCUUGUAUCGUGAUUCGUAUAUUAUCUUGAGAAAAUGUAUAAUUACAGCCCUAGAAUUGGCACUAUACACCGGUCGUGGCUUGAGUAAAGAACUUGUUUUGGUCGUACAAGUCACUUCAACGUAGAAUUUUCUAGCUUUCUGCCUGGAACUGGACAACAUGUUAACAGCGGCCAAGCGUCACAAAGCAAGGAACACUAAUCACAGGUUGCAAAUGAAUAUCUUUGCUUAUUUUGCUAGGAAUAUGCUUUUGAGGCAUCCGAAUUUCCCUUGAUUUUGUCUCUGGAGAACCACUGCAACAAAGAACAACAAGUAAGUCUCCGUUCAUCAUUAUUGUAAGGAUUUAUAAAACUCAUUUGUUUUGGUGGUAAGUAUUGAAUGGUAUAGGGCAGGUUUCGCACGGAUCUAGCAUGUCUUUCCAACAUCAUGUGAAUCGAUUUGAACAGGCCCAAGUAUUUAGACCUGAUUCAACAGCAUCCAACAACAUUCAACACUGAGAAAUGAUGUCUCUUCUGUCAGUGACGGAGGCCACUCGGAAAAAAACCCAAAUACUCCCAACAAGAGUGUGACCUAUGUCACUCUGGUUGUUAGUCCAGAUGCUCUACCACUGAGUCAUAGAGUCCUAGGAGUCUCGUGCCAGGUGCUAAGGCCAUUGAAGUAUAGGUUCGUGGGACUUGCCUGCGAGCAAACUCUCCGGGGCGCUCUGGCGGCGGGGCGGGAAAAGGAAGGAGAGCUUUCAACUGCGUCUCUUCGGAAACCAGCGCGAAUAUAAACAAACAUUGAAAAACACGUGAAAGCACGUGCUAAGGGUAAUGACGUCAUUACUAAUGUCAUCUACGCCAAUCAGCAUUUUGCAUCGACUUUGUCGAUGCAGAUAUUCAAAUUCCAGACACGUAGUUGCAAGCUUUCCUUCCUUUUCCCGCCCCACCGCCAGAGUGCACCGGAGAGCUUGGUUGCAGGCUACACAUGACAAACAUCCGGGAUACUGCUAGGACUGGAAUAUCGAUGGGUGGCAUCAUAAUUAGUAGAGGAGACUGGUCAUGAAAAACGGCAAAUAUCAAAGGUAAAAAUAACGACAGUGCUGCAAUUCAUGUUGGAGAUUCCCUGGCGGUACAUAAACCUUAUGUUUUCUGUUCACAAAUUGUGACUGAAUAAAUUAAUGCGACGUUUUUACUGGUCAGUAAAAUCAAAAUGAUAGGAACGCUAUUAUACACUUAAUGUCAGAUCCCGAGGGAAACAGUUAGUUUUGUUUUCCCGAGAGUCCUGAUUUCGUCUCGGGAAACAUCAGGACUCGAUAACCGGAGCGAAUCAAAUUCGGUACUUAUAAGAACACAAAUUUAAUUCUCAAAACUACUGAAUGAAUGAUUUACAAGUACUUUCCUUAUAUUAUCUGCAUCUUUUUCCACCACUUGCUGCUGUUUGUCUUCUGUGAUAACUUUGAAAAUCGUUGCUUUUUAGCUUGAGCCUUCAUGUUUGUGUUGUUGUGUUCAUUCAUGAAAAAGAAAACUGGCAGUGUUUUCCCGCCUUUUGUCACGCCACUGUCCAACAUGUUCUGAUCAUGUGCUGUAAUGUAUCCAGAGGAGGGUACAUUGCUUAAUGUAUCACGAUCAGGAUACAUUUGAUUUUAGUCAAGGCCAUGUGACCCACAACCAGCCAAUGGCAGUCCCUGUUUAGUCGAGUGAAAGUUUAGGAAUAUAACAAUGAAAGUUGUACACCGUCAGGUCCACCAAAGAACAUGACAGGAGUCUGACGAGCUCCAUGACCAUUCCUCUCUAAAAACUAUGGUGGCAUACAGCAAAUGUGAUGUCCAACAAGGUGUCCUUGCCUGAUUUGAAUUUGUCCUUAACUUGCAGGCUAUAAUGGCAGACAUUUUUGUAACAGAGCUUGGUGAUAUGUUGGCCACAACUAACCUCUGUGACGAGCUAGGUGUGAAUACACUUCCUUCUCCUAACGAUCUGAAGCGUAAAAUUUUGCUCAAAGGCAAAAUUAAAACCAAGAAAAAGGUAAAAGUAACAUUCGUUUUCUUAAAAACGGCUCAUAUGUGAAGUAAUCAAUGGCUAUUGUUUUUCUAAAUGUUUUAAAAUACUGUAAAAACCCGUGAGUAAGAACCUGUUUUGUAAGAACCUUAGGCUAAGAUUGCCAGUUAGGUCCCCUCUUUACAACAACCUGUGUAGACUAAAAUUUGAAACAGGCUCUUGUUGUUUAAAAUCUAUUAAAAAACUCAUUAAUAAUUCAUUAAGAAAAUACAAAGGAAAUUAAUGUUUAAUGAGUGUUUGGAAAUCGGAUGAAACACUGCUUAGUAUUUGCAUCCUUAAUUUCUCCUUCAAAAAUGAUUUUGUUUGAGAAGAAAUAUCAAACAUUCGACACAGUGUUUCAUCACCAGAUGAAACACCUCGAAGUUCGUCAAAAAUACUCCGCUGCGCGUCGUAUUUUCAACUCUCUUCUCGGUGUUUCAUCUGGUGAUGAAACACUGCAUCUCAUGUUUGAUAUAUUACUUAAAAAACUCUGUACACUUGGCCAAAUAAGAUUAGUCAACUUUCAGGACCCUCUUCGGAGACAUAGGUGCCUUAUCCCCUUCAACUGCAAUGUAAUGGUUUGUAGAUUUUACAUGAGAAAUAAGCUGAAUACCACUAAAUACUCAUAGCUACAAUGUUUUUCUUUUCUUAAAAGUGAUCGCCCUAUUUUAGGCAAUUUCAGCUCUUACGUCUGAAAGAUCACUGAAUUGACUUAAAUAUCAAAGUAGAUGUUCCAAACUGUAGAACACAGCUGAAGUACAAAAGAGCCAAAAAGAAGAACGGCCGAAUGAGCGAACGUGAAGAAGAUUCAAAGGAAUUUGCGUUUAGUUAAUGUUGAAAAAGGGAAAGAAUCUUGUUUUAUAAUUUGUUCUUAUAAAUCAUGCUUGUUUUAAACUGCGCAUGUAUUUCUUCCUUAAGUGUUAACCCUUCGCUUUUUUCCACGACAGCAUAAAAUCUCAACUUCUAUCUGGCCCGGAGUGAAUGUCAGUCCUAUUAUUUCUGUAAGUGCUGUCGUUUUAGUAAAAAAAUUCUUGAACUGUGAUACUACUUGUAAGGAAUUUGAUGCCUUUAAUUUGAUUUUUCUUGGCGAAAUUCACAUACCAUUGGUUUUUGUGGGAUGAAGUGACUCAUGGCUGAUGAGGUCUUUGUCACAGUAUCUGUGUCAGUACACUCUACUUCGCUGUGCCGUGUCCGUGGUUUUCCAGCAGUUGAUUGAAAACUGCUCCAAAAUUCAGCCGCAGCCAAGCCAAAAAGUGAUGUCUGUCCUAGAGUGCCCUUGGAAAAACCAUAAUACGUUUGUAGUGACACACAAUAAGGAAGAGGACCCUUCAGAUUAUGCACGGUGCAGUUUGUUUAUAUAGAGUACACUGUUCACCGGCGAAAAUUGUCUGAUUGGUCGACGCGCGACCACGUGACAUUGCCAAAUUCAAAAUGGCGGCAAUACAUCCAUCGUUUGUUUAUUCCAGUGGAAAGAAGUGAAAUUGCGGCUUAAUAUGAGUUGCAAAUGCAUAUACGGAUAUUUUUAGAAUAGCCUAGACUUUUUAUUAUCCUUUUUCACCUAUUCCUAUGGGAUUCGUUCCCUGCGAUGCUCGCGUUUUGGCCGGUUUACCGGAUUCAACUUUGCACUCUUCACGAUCACGAAGGACAACAAUAUUUUUGAUGAAAGCCGGGUCACUAGAAAGAACGGCCUUUGUUCACAGCUCUAUGCAGCGGAGAAAUAAGACACUAUGGGUCCUUUGAAAUUGCUUAGACACCUGGAAGUUAUUUUAUUACUUUUUUUACCGAAAAGAUAAAGCAAAAUUAUGUCUUCUCCAGCAAGACUUUCUAAUUUAUAAAAAAAGCUUGAACAUGAGCUAAAUGAACUGUAGUGUCUGCAUUCAUGUUCUUUUCAUUGCAAUUUUAAUAUCAAAACUUUAAAGCCGUCUAUGACCGAGCAGGUUUUUUUUUUCUUUUUUUCUUUUCAAUGGUUACUGUGCUUGAUCUGAAUAAGAUAAUGAAAUUUUUAAAAUUAGGGCAAUACUAUAUAUAAAAGAAGAGAACUUUGAUUGCAAAUAUGUUAGUUGGAAAAAAUACUGAUUAUACUAUAUGAUCUUUUUACUAUAUAGGUUAGAAAAGUGAUGAGUAGUCAAAAGUGCUACAAAGGAGUAAAAACCCAGAUCUUUCCAUUAAUAAAUUUUAUUGACACUGUCAGGGACAUAUACUUUGCUUGAAUACACAUUUGUUCUUCAAAAAUCUUGUUUGUGAAGCUGCACUUUGUUUGAUUCAGGAUCAAUCAAUCUUUUCUGAAGAGAAAUGAACAAUAAAGUAUGUUAGCAUGUCACUACUUCAACACUGCCUUAGCCAACAACUAAGAAGAAACUCAACUUCAUAAAAAAAAAACAAAGUGAAAAAUACUUCACUGUAAACCAACAACCGCUUCAAAUAUAUAUCACAUUAAAUUCAUGCAAAAUGUAGACCUGAUGAGAAGUUUAUAGGAAAAGAAACAAAUGAUAAUUACAAUGAAACUAUAAUGUUUGAAUGAGAUCUGUAUUUGAGAGUUCUCUCAUAAUUCUGACAGAAGAUCAAAAUAGGAAACUGCAUAUCCUACACAACUGCAUUCAUCAACAUGAUCCAACUAAAAUUUCAUGAAGACUAAAAGUUUACUCCAAACUUUAAACUCCUGUAAGGUUUUUCCCAGGUUUGAAUCACAUUGAAUGCAUAUUUAAACAGUAAUUAGAUCUGUGAAACAUUAGAACGGUGCAAUGUCGUGGAAGGUCUGGGACAUUACUGAGACUCUAACAAAAUCCUUUGGUGCGAGUUCCAAAGCCGCCUACUAUUAUUUUAUUAUGAGCCUGCUACUUAAAAACUUUUUGACAGCCCUGAUAUUGCACAGUAAAUAAACACUGUUGGAUAUACACAUGCAAGCGGUCCAUGACCAUCAUGCUACCUAUCCCUUAAUCAAAAAACCUACAAAUCGCCUUUUGCUGACUUUUUCACCUGAUUUUGCAUUAAAUAGCCAGAUUUGGUUGUUUUAUGCUGAAAAGUGGAUUUUUCUCAAAAAGCUUGGUACUUUGCUUACAGCUACAGUGUACAUUGUAGAGCAGUCCCCUUUUGCUACGGCCCAAAGACUGGACACAGUGAACUCAAAUGCUGUAUUAGCCAAUGGAAUAAUUCUAAGAUGCAUUUAUGCUGUAGUAGCUAAUAACAUAAGAUGUAAGAACCUGUGUUCCUGUUUCUUUAUGAUUCGUUUUACAAGGGAUUUGAAUCAGAGAUCGUUAACAUUGCCAGUGUCAAAUGCUUGCUUGUCAGGCGAGUCGGAUGCGACAGUUACACCUCAAGAUAACUAUCUUAUAAGCUAAUACAGUGUUACUACAUGUACAUCUAAAUUAUUAUUUCUUAGCUAAUACACUGUUUGGGUUCUCUGUGGACAAAGAAAACUGUCUGUAAUAAUGAGCUGUCCAUAAAGUGGUGCUUAUAAUUUCAUUUACCAGCAGUUCUUUUUAUCUUAAUAUUCCAGAUGGUAUAAAAAUUUAAUUACGAACAACUUACUAUUUGAAACUGGCUACAGUGUUGAUGGGAUGCUACAGUGUACAAUAAUACUUUGAAGGGUCUGACUGCACUCUUAUCGAUCAUAGUCAUUGCCUCCUGUGAGCCAAUUCAUGGAUGAAUUUGAUACAUGUACAAAAGAAAAUCCAACACUCAACAAUCAGAAAGAUGUAAUACUAUGUGACCUCAUGAUGGAACUUAAAGAAAGGAAAUGUAUAUUAUUUUUAAGUUACAUGUAUUUUCUUACCCUUUUUUUAAGUUAUGUAAAUUGGUCUUUUGUUGAAGAAAAUGAAACAAUGUCAAAAAUUAAUGUUUUGCUGUGCAUGCAUCAAUCAUGCAACCAUGAAUUUGACAAAGGUUUGGAAUUGAAAACUGGACAAGUUUGUACUUGAUGUACCAAAUUUCUCACCGGCUGAAACUAACAAGCAUGAUGUGCCAAUUUUUGGCUCUAGCUGACAUCGUAAAUAAGAAAACCCAUAUUUUGGAAAGCAUUUUUUGGCAAAACAAGAACUGAUUAUGCGUAUACAUAUUAUAAAACUUAAAAGUACUCAAUCACAAUUAAUAAAUACACAGUACAGGUAAACCCCCAAUGCUAGCAAUCUUCUGUGACCCAAAGAGGGCAAGUAUGCUGGGAAAAAAAAAAAUAAUAACUCCAAGGAUUGCUCUACAGAGAUAUAACCAUCCCUUUUCAGGGCUGUCAUUACGUUUUGAAACAGCCAUAGCAAAUGAAGAUUCACCCAAUACAGGUCCCAAAAAUUUAAAUUACCACCUUCAGCUUUCCACUUUGAUCACCUGUAACAUCAAGUGAGCUCAGCUGUAACAGGUGUUAUGGGUUACGGCCCCUAAUGACAGCUCUGCCUUUUUAUUUUAGACAAUUCUCAGUUUAUGAAAAGCCAAAACAUUUUUAUUCAAUCAUUACAUGUAGAUCUCAUUACACUUUUAUCCUUCUUUGGAACAUUACCUGCUAUUUUUCAAGAUUAUUUCACAAAAAAAGACUUUACAUAAUUAUCACAAAUAUACCUGAUCAGCAUCUAAUAUAAAAUUUUAUUCUAAUAUUGUAGUCAAUUUUUUAUUGCAGUUAAUUUAUAAUUUUCUGUUCUUUUUGUGUAUGGCAAUGUAUGCUAAAAAUAAAAGAAAAAAUAAUAUUUAUGCUGAGAUACAAAAUUAACUGUGCACAACAUACACGUAUACAUAGAUUAACAGCCAAAGAAUUCUCAGUGAAAUACAGAGGGGCAAAUUAUUAUGGAACAAUCCACCUGAAAACAUUAAUGCCAUGGCUGAUUAAAAAAGAUGUCUAAGUACAAGUACAGAAUAACUUCCAGCAAACGUUCAGGAAAUAGUUUAAAUUGUAAUAUAAGGUGCCAAACAUGAUAGGGCCAUUUUUGUUCUCAGUUAAAAAAACAACUUUGUGCACGCAUAAUGCAUGUACGGUCUCUAGGGAAAAUACUAUUUUUUUCACUUUCGAUCGAUCAAAAUCGUGUCCCAUUUGACACACAUUCUAAAGAGAAAACGCGCUGAUUUAGAUUUAGCGGUCUUCCUAUUAAUUAUAAUUAUAAUGAUUAUUAUUCUGUUGCUCAAACGGCCCUCCACCAGCUGUACCUUUCAAUUUUCUCUUGUGUUGGACUGUGGGGCGAGAAACUUUAACCUGAGCAUAAAAUGCCAGCGAAGCUUAAUAAAUAAAAAUUCGAAUGUUUGAGGAUACACUGAACUAGACCUCCAGAGGGUCCCUGAACUUCAAAGAUGCAAGUCGAUAUUUGGUACGAAAACGGUCCACACGUUUAACACAACUGCCGCUUCCGUGCACAGCGGUACAAGCUAAUUUAUAUACAUAACAAAGCCCAAUAAUUUUUCUUUCACUUCUUUACAAUUUCCUGUUGUACCGAUGUGCACGAAACUAACAGUAAGCAUAGAAAGUCAAAAUUACCCACCUUUUUGGCAUGCCUUUCGCACCCAUGCCGGCGAUUGCAAAGCCAAUAUCUCCGACAAAUACCCACCACUGGGUUUGUCCGCCGUUUCCAAGGCGCUACAUUUUCUAGAGAAAACAUUCCACUCAAAACUUUGACCAAAAUGUUUUUUGAUCUCUUACUAUGGCAAGAAAACCACAACGCUAUCACUGUCAAAAAGACAGCCAUUAUUUUUUUCAUCUCAACCGGCAUUUUUGCCUCAGAGCCAAUGACAUUGCGCGAAAUAGAUCACGUGCGAUUUUUAGUAGAGCAUGCGCAGACAUUUUUCGCCGGUGAAGGGUACACUGUGCACGCCGACUGUCUAUCCCUUCCUUGUAAGCAAAUUUAAAAUGUCUCGCUCGAGGCUCGAGGUUUAAACCCUGUUCUAUUGUUUAUUACUGCUUUUCAACAAAACGUUUUACUUCUUUAUCUAAGUUGAACACGUCAUUUUGUAUCAGUUAGCAAAUUUUACGUCGUAGUCGUGUGAUAAUGGCAAAGAAAUUUCUUUUUCUACUUAUUUUAUAUUUUCUGCUGUAUUUUUACAUUCGUGUUGCAAAUAAAUAAAUGAAAAUGCAUCAAAAGUGUACUGCAGAUGCAGAAUUGUUGUUUUCCUUAUUAUCCUUUUUCGAUCUUUUUGACGUUCUCGUUUUCGUCGUCGUCGUGUUUGCUUAAUCUCCGGAGAGUUAAACAGGCCCCGCUUUUGGGUUUGUUUAACCUUUAUUAAUUGACUUCACGAAAUAUUGACUUGUUCUUUUUUUCGUACAGAACAUUUCCACAAGAGUCAAAAAAACAAGUAGGGGCGUGCUUAUGUCCAGUCAGGUGAGUUUUAAGACCCGUGCAAACGGACGCAUCAUCGUUGGCCAACAACUUCCAACAUUGUUGAAUGUUACAUGUUGCGUCCGUUUGCAUACCCUGUUGCAUGUUGUUGGAUGUUGAUGCGCAAAGUUUGAAACCGGUCAAACUUUUCAGGCAACAACUCCCAACAAUUCUUUUGUUCCGUGAUCGCUGAAGCGUAGCGCAACAAUGUUGGAUCCGUUUGCACACCCUGUUGCAUGUUGUUGCGUGUUGUUGGGAGUUGUUGCGCAGAGUUUGAAACCGGUCAAACUUUUGAGCCGGCAGCUCCCAAUAUUUCUUCACCAGUUGUUCCGUGAUCGCGGCAUAGCGCAAUAAUGUUGGAUCCGUUUGCACAGCUCUUCCAAUAUUCGUGGGGCCACGCACACGAAUUGCACAUGGUCUGCAAAGUCUUAUGGGUUGUAUCCUUCUCACGAUGCACUGCAGGCCCCAACAUUCUUGGGAGUUGUUACAUCCGUUUGCACGUAACUUUAAGGUGAUGUUAAAGGAGACGAUUCGCAACGACGAUUGGUAGCGCAACACAGCGUUGCAACAUUGUUACAACAUUGUUUCGAAUGGUUGCAACAUCGUUCCAACAUUGCAGCGCUGUGUUGCGCUAAAAAUCGUCGUUGCCAAUCGUUCCGUGUAACAUCACCUUUAAUCGAUGUAGGUUUGCUCUUAAGUGCAACUUUUGUUUUCGUAUGUAUUUGCUAGUUCAUGAAAGUGAAAAUCAAACACACCUAUUGGUAAAAAUGUUUUCGUUUCGUCAUCAAAUGACAUAUUUCAUGUUUUUUCCUCUUAACUUUAUUAUUUUGAAGUCCCCAUGUUCCGUUCAUGGUAUCAUGGCGUGACAUUGCGUAGGACACCCACGAGCAACAUGCGGCAUCACGGCAGUCACUUCUUUCGUGUUUCGCAAAAUCAGAAAAAACAUUUUUUUGUUUAAAAAAUAGUAAAAGCAAGUAUUGACUUUCGAAAGUAGUUCAUGCAGAGGUAUCGCCUGAUAGCUUAUUUGCCCUCUGCUUCUUUCCUCUGUUUUGUUUUUCCAUUUCGUUUUUGUUUUAGUUACUCUUUUUUAAUCAGGUACUCACAUCGGUAAUGACACACAAGUAGCUUUUGAAAUGUCUUGGUAACACACUGAAAUCUUUUUUUUUUUUUUGUCGCAGUCUGAAGCAGUUUUUACCAGAUCAGAAUCAGCAAAUUCUCUCAGUUCAGGUCGGGUGCGAUCAUUGACGAAUGCAACAAUUGCGACGGUGGUAAGGCAGUAUGAACUGUGUUAAUAAACAAGUCGUGUAUGUAAUUGUUAUAUGGCUGGAUGUUGUUUCCCAACAUAGUGGGCUGUCAUUGGUUACUUCAAGGUCACAUGACUUCUAACAAUAAACUGUUUCCCGCCAAAAGCUUGUAGGCGAGUAACUUGGCAAAAAUCUCCGACGUCAGACUGUAUUGGUGCACUGGUGUUCGCUAGUGAUGGCCGCUCGCUGAGAUUUACUUUCAUAAACUGGUAUACGUGGAAGGGUUUUCUUCGAGGGCUAUUUAAUUUUUUCCCCGGGACCAAUCACAAAAAAGAGUUCAAUAUAUAACAAAUAAACAUGUUACGUUCAUAAGACAAAAAUAUCUGCGUCUCUGAUUGUAGUCGGAUCACUGACGGUUAGGGAACCAUUCUGAUGUCAGUAAAGCUGUUGUCAGUUGUAUGUCAUUUACUACUAGGUUCGUGUGUCACGCGUUCUGUUUACUACAGAAAAGAAAGGUUUGGAUUCACAGAAACCAUUCAACUGUGGGGGAACGGGUGGUAACUUUGCUCGACAAAGUAGCAGCCUCGCAAUUCUCUUAAAAGCAACUGAACACAUUUCUUUAUAAGAAAACUGUUAAUGACAAUUUAACGUUAAGUGCUUUUGAAUAUCUGUAGUGUUAGCUCCAUGUGAAGUGCUUAAUGUUGUCGUGGUUGUUGUUGUUGUUGUUGUUAUUAUUAUUAUUAUUAUUAUUAUUAUUAUUAUUGUUAUAUGCAAGGCCGCUUAUGUACUUAUUUUGGUUUCACGUUCGAUUCAUAACAGGGCUCAACAAGCGAAGAUCAGUACAGUAUAGUAAGUACCUAGCACUGCUGUUAUCCUCAUGUAGUAAAGUUUAUUCGAGGGUGGCAAUAGUUCAUGAUAUUCAUUACAGAGCGAAGAGGAGUUCUGUUUGAUUUUGAUUCCAAUUUAAUCGAGCUGCGACGUAGUUUGGAAAAUUACUCCAAUAUUUUAGCAAAUGAAAAUAGCUUUGCGAAAUCAUGAAAUUGUUUUUGAUUUUGAAUUCAAAACAGCUCUUUCUUAAUGAUUACAUCGCCGUUAGUGAUUUGGACUGUGUUUUUGUAGAUCCCGUUGGAAGAUUCCAUGGGCAAACUAAUUGUAUAUUGUCGUGCAGUGCCUUACAAAAAGCAUGAAGUCUCAGGUGAUUGCUGUGAAAUGUACUCUUUCAAUGACGGCUCUGCGCAAGAUUUCAUCACAGGUCAUCCUCGAGGUACAGUGUAAAUUUAUACACCACUUUAUCAAGGCCAUUUAAGAUGUUUUCUUUUUUCAUAUAGGAUUUUUUCUUUUUACAAACAGACAUUUGAGCAUAAGAAUGUGACCUCGGUGGAGAGAUGCAAAGUAAUUUUUAAAGGUUAUUUUUCCUGCGCGUAACAACUUAAUGAAAAUUUUUAGCUACCAAUUUUAAGCUUUUCAAAAGCGUGUUGGUUAUGUUUAAAGAAGAACAACUUCAUGCCGAAUGCGGGUGAGAUUAAAGAACUUCUGUUUAUCAAAGUUACUGUGUAUUUGCCGUUAAAAGUAAAAAGUAUAAAAGUAGAGUUCUGAAGCUUAUCUGCAGUGAAGUUAGGGAAAAAUCUGUCGUUGGAUUUCGAAGUUAUUUACAUUUUUUUAAAAAAUGCGGUUUCAAAUAUAUGCCGAUAUCUCAAAAAAAUUAUACCUACAAGAAAAUACAAACCAUUUUCUUAAAGUUCCAUCAUUCUUUGUUAAGGAUACCAAAAAUCAUAAAAAUUGGUUAAAUCGUUCCUGCUGAAAAACGGUAUUCAAAAACGUAACCAACAAGCAUAAAAAUCGGUUCGGGCCGCCUUAACUAUCACGUAAGUUGGGACAGAAGUGGUCAGUAUUUUCUGCCCCGUCAAUGUUGGCUUUUUCGAGGAGGCAUGACAGAAGCAAAAAAAUCAACACUGGGAGGGGAGGAGCAGAACUUUUUGUCGGAAUAUGGGUACAGCACGGGGGUGUCCCAACUUCAUAAACCAGAAACGCAAGCACAGUGAGAUACGCAUGCGGAUUUGAGUAUCACAAGAUAGAGAAAGCAGGGUUUGCAAAUUUUAUUGAUGAGUGGAGUCAGUGUGACUUCUGCUUCACAAAUUUUGGAGUCAUUUUGGAAUAUUUGGAGUCAAGUAUCACAACGAAAAAAGCCAUUUUUAGACUUUCCAGCACGUGGUCUUGGCAUGUAUACACUAUCGUGAGGGAUACACGAAGUAGCUGUGGCGGUCCGCUAACCUGAAAAGCUCAAAUCCAUGAUGGCGGUCAUCGAGUAAACUUUGAUCGUAAUUUACCCUCUUCCUGUUUUGUAGGCAGUAUAAUUCUUUAAUUUCGAUGAUUUCAUUAAGGUUUACAACGUUUACAAUUAACGUGAAUUGUAUUUGUUGUGAAAAAGGUAAGGACAAAACUGUGCUUGUUACCGCAAAUUUCUGGAGUCGAAGUGGCUCCCUGUUUGUUGCCGAAAAUUUCUGGAGUCGAAGUGACUCCCUCCGUAACCUCCGUGGAGUCAUCUGAACAAUUUUGGCGUAAAAUACGCCAAAUUUGGCGUAUUUGCAAACCCUGAGAAAGCAAUCGGAUGUAUUGGAAAAUGAACCACCUCAACGCAACAUAAACGCAAGGUUCAACCCAUGAAACGGACGAUUUCCAUUUUAUUACUCUCUAUAUUGCGCAUGCGCUUUCUUUGCGGGCGAGCACUAUUGAGUUCGUUGUUGAUUCUCUCCUUUGCUCCGAGAGGAUUUUUCUUCGGUACUUCGGUUUUGCCCUCUCCUCAAAAACCGACAUUCGACCAGGAAUACGGUAGACGAUGAACUACUAAGGGGAUGUACUACUGACGGCUUUCCUUUUUCUCGAUAGAUAUUUUGUCGUUGGCUAAUAAGCACAUUGUGAGAACAUACCCCAAAGGAUCAAGAGUCGAUUCCUCAAACUAUAACCCGCAGGUCAUGUGGAAUGCCGGACUUCAGAUGGUGGCCAUCAACUUGCAGAAGCCAGGUACUAUAUAUUUCAUGUGGUGUUCAAGUGACAUUUUUUCAUAAAGUGUUUUUUUUUUGUCAUCGCUCGACCGACCAAUUUUUGGGAAAAAUGAAGAAAAGAGAACAAUUUUCUUAAAUUAAUCCAAGAGCAAGACAUCCUUUUCUUCUAUUAAAUCAAACGUAGCUUUCCAUCCAUAAACGUUUGUAUAACUGUAUUUCAGUUAAGACGGGUUCGUGCGGGGAAACGUAAACAACACAUCCUGCCAUCUUUUUCUCAUUUUUUCACAUACUCUACUCUAACGAUUUGAAGAGUGUGGUCCUGACAUUAGUUAUAACUUUAUUUUACGUGACCAACCUAGCCACUUAAACGAAACGGAGGCUGGUAGAGAACGAGUGGCCUAACCGGUUUCUUCCAUUGGAUCAAUUUCUUUGUUUUCUUUUUUGUGCCAGACUGUGGCGUGCACCUCAAUCAAGGAAAGUUCAGGAAGAACGGUGGAUGUGGUUACAUUUUAAAGCCGGAUUCUUUGAGAAACAGGGGUAAGUUAGGCAAAAGCAACAGAAAGUGAAGUCGCCAAGAGCAGUAGCUUGUGCAUUGCUUAUGCAAUUGACCACUCCAGAAAAUACUAUAACAUACCAUAAUGCUCUUUGUUUGCCACCCCAAAAUUUUACAUAACCAUUAUCUUCAGUUUCUCUUGGAGCCAUUUUAACUUCCAAGAGAAACUGAAGACAAUGCUUAUGCAAAAUUUCGGGGUGACAAACAAAGAGCAUUAUGGUAUGUUAUGGUAUUUUCUGGAGUGGUCAAUUGCCCAUGUUUGAUAUGUUAAAAUUCUAAGAUGACUUCGAGGCUUUCUGGUCAUUUGCUAUAUUUGGUUUGAUUUUCUUUGUGCUCAAGUCACUUCUGGGAAUUUCGAGACAAUGGAGUCGUGAAAAAUUUGCAAUUUUCUGCUCAAAGCCUCGGAGUCAUGUUAUUAUUUUAAUAUAUCAAACAUGGGCUAUUCUCAGGUUUCCAGGUUCCCAACCACGCGGAUAUGAAAUAACGGUUGACUCUUGUUCAAUUCACAUCCCUCCCCACAUAAGAGUGUUAAAUUUACUAAGCUCAGUCUACGCCCACUGUGAUUGGCAAUCCUUGUACUUAAUUCCCUUCUUCUACAUGGCAUCCUUUCCUGAUCUUUUGUUUUUAUUGCAUUUCUUGACAGACAAGUCUAAUUAUUACCCAAUGAUUAAGGAAAGUCCGAAAGGUGGAAAGUCAUGUUACUUCACAAUAGAGGUAAACAAUAAGAGAAACAAGAGAGGUCAAGUGGUCGGUAGAAACGAUAAGAUCCUUGUUAGCCCUUUUUUCAACUGAAGUUUUCCAUAUUUUUAACAAUUAACUUAACUAUGUACUUGUGUUUAACUGGGUUAAUUGUGCGCUUUAAUGUCAGGUCUUGUCGGGACAGUAUUUACAUGGCGAAGAAGAUUCCCAGUUUCCAAUACGUGUUGAUGUGGAGACAGUUGGUGUUCCAGAAGACUGUGGUAUACUAAGCACCGAGGUUAGACAACUUUCUGUUAAGGUUAACUAACUGAGAAUAAUGGGUCAAAGAGGAAAUGUUAGGGCGUUGACCGGGAUAUGUGAAUUUCACUUUUAAGUUAUUAUCAGAGGUUUUAAUUUAACUGUAGUCUAAUUUCUGGAACGUCAGCACAUUUUAAUCGGCUGCCUCAAAGCAAACAUUUCAGAAUAUUGUAAUGGCGACACACCAAGAGAGGAUAAUUUCCUAGUAUUCUUCCUUGACAACACAGAAUAAAAGUUUGCGGACCUCUCCGAAAACCAGCUUCCGAUUAACUUUAAGCGUUUAAUUGGUCCAAAAAUAUUUUUGGUGACAUUACAUAUCCAAAGGGCUAGACUGGGUGUGUCCCUCUUUGUUCCAUUAUUCUCUCUUGGGUUGACCUAACUGAAACAAACAUAACGGCAAGACAGGCUAUAAAUUGUUCUGUGGAAAGUUUGAUACCUCACUAUCCAGUUGUUAUAGUUAUGUGCUGUGUUUCAGUUUUUUCCUCAAUUUAAAUGUUAUUUUUCUUUGGUAUUGCGUAUGGUGAUUUAUUAUAUAAACACCAAUGAAAUACCAGGUGAGCUUUCGCGCGAAAACUUGAUAUCAUCGCAUGUGAACCUUCACAUGUGAAAAUAUCACCUAUGGCUACAUAAUAAAUCGCGCCUUUCACACCCAAAAAACUAUUAAACUGAAAUGGUUUGGUAUUUCCGCAUUGGUGUUUAUAUUUUGUUGAAAAAAUAUUUCAGUCGUUCGCUGCGCUCACUCGUGAAAUAUUUUUCAACACGAGAAGAGAAAUUUCGUAUCUCCAAGCGGCCAUGUAAUAUCCCCUAUGUACGAUAAAAGGGCCUUUUGUAACUGGCAAAAUUUCAGGUCACGUGAUCAACUUUCUGUAAGCACGGAAACAAUUCUUUUUGGAAAAACUGAUUUCAGCAACAGCUGAAAGAGCAUAUAAAAAUUAGGUAACUUGUCAAUUUUCAACCGUAUAUCUCAAAAGUAGCGAUUGCAACGGACUCCGAAAGUUAUACGGAUUUGCAUGGGAAAAGUAGCUCUUGCCACCCAGUCACGGUUGAGUAGUUUUCCAUUCAGAUGCCUGUAAGUGUCGAAAUUUUUAAACUGUCGUAAAAUCUUUCCCUUGCGCAUUACAGGGCUCGCAUUUUUUGCUAUAAACAGGAAAUUUGAAGACGAGAUGAAAACGGUUGCGUAGGAGGUUAAGUUGCGAUUACCAUUUUCUUCAUUCAAGUUAUUUUACGACUUCCCCCACUUCUACACAUCCUCUCUUGCGUUGGAUCAAUAUUUUCAAAUAAAAUGGUACGAUAUAUCAAACAAUGCGCAUCAUUUAAAUCGAAUCUAAAUUCAAAUUUUGAUUUGUAGUUUCUUUUCUUUUACAGCCCACUAUGGACAAACUGAAUCCGCAGUUUCAUAAUGCCAAGCACCUCUUUAAAAUCAUUAUGCCAGAGCUAGUAAGUGUGUUAUAUUUGACUGAUUUGAUAAAUCAACACAGUUUAUUCAUUGUCCUGUACGUAGGUUAUUGCGUUUAAUUGAUUUCAGUCUUUGUAAUCGGCACGGCCGGGGGCCCGGGGGGCGGUUACUGCCAUAUAUGGGCUCUACACUGGUAUAGGCUAAUGGUUCCAGGGUCCCAGCGGCACAUCCCCACCCAAAAAUUCCUAAAGUACCCCCCGGGCCCAGGGGAUAACAACCAAGAGAACACAGCACUGGAACGAGCCCUUUCUUUAGUUUAUUAAUUACUAAUUGAUUUUCUUUUAAAUUUCAGUGCCUUGUUUACUUCAAAGUUCAAUUGUUAAGCAGCAAUAAAAGUAGGAUACUAAGGCUACUUUUUCAAGAAGUUAUCUCUUUGGACAGCCUUAGAUCAGGUAAGGAUCAUGAUUGACUGUUAUAAUUGACAGCCAUGGAGUGGCCAAUCAUAGCCAAAUCAUGGAAAUAAAUAAAUAAAUCAGAUCCAGUCGAACAAAAACAACAACAAACCCGAAAACGCGUGUUAACGACGUCUUGUGCUUGGCAGGAAAACGUUGCGUCAGUUUGAAUCUUGACGUCGCAACUACGGAAAUAUUUCCGCAGUUGCAUGGCGUCGGUUCUAAGUAUUUGCGUCGAGAAAUAUGUGCCACUGUGGUUUGAUAAGAAUUGUCGGGCUUCGCAAAUUUACAGCAUUUACAGCAUUUUUUUUUUCCGCGAAAAGAAACGAGAGAAACUUUUGAAAUUCCAGUUUGAUUAUCAGAAAUAGUCUCUAUUAAGAUUUUUAUUUGUUUUCACUCAGUUUUGAUUUAUUUAUCAGGAAUCCGCUACAUCCGUCUUCGAAGCCUGACUGGUGUUGAGAUUCCUCACAGUGGUUUGUUUGUUCGUAUGAAGCUUCAGGAUUUUCAACCUGCCACUUUUGAAGUCAAGGGUACCUCACGAGAAAGGCUUCUGACAUUUUAG